GUUUCCAUCCCAUGAGAGGGCGACGCAUGGGGCAGUGAGGUACUAUUUCCAGGCCAUGUCUUCCCGUCCAAAAUCCACACAAGCGAUGUCUUGUCGCCGUCAUCGGAGACCCGCCGAGAUGUGCACAAGCGAGGUAGGACAGAGCGCAGCGGAGAGGGGGGGUCCCUGGAUCACCUCUGUCGUAGAUGGCUGGGUGUGCCCUUGCCCCACUUCUGACUCUCUCUCUCUCUCUCGCGACACACGUCACAGGUCACAGAACUAGCUUCAGUCGCCUCGGAGAUUGCACGUGGAAGCACUUUCGAUGCAGGGCGAAUAGGUAUGGCGGGACAUUUGCUAUUGUACGCGGAACGAGGUCGCACAUCCCCCCUCACAUCCGAUCAACCUCGUGCGCACUUGCACCUCUCCUCCUCGGGAAUCUUCUCCAUCACCUGGCCACGUCGAAGAAGGGCAGAACGACGAAUUGCAGGUGUCAGUGGACCUUGCCGUCCGGCAUCUACAGAUAAGAGGGCUUGUGGCUGUGCAGCAGGCCGGCUAGCCAGCCUUUUCCCCUCCUCUAUGCCGAAUGGCACACUCACCUUAGCUUGGUGCAGACCACAUCCGGCCCAUGUGCGCUUAGAGCAUUGGGAGCCUGGCAUUGCAGGAGUGAGGAGUGAGGGGGUGGCGAGAGCAUUAGUACAAUUGCUAUUGGCCCCGCUCACGCGCCCCGGUUACAGCGGUAGACAUUGAGAGAGACUCACACUUGACUUCAUAGCAUCCGUUGACGGGCGUCGUCUUCGAUACAGCUGCCAUUGUGACUCGUGAAUUGUCAAGAAAGUGAGGU